AUGAACUCUAAUAAAACUUAUUCAGAGACUACUUGUGAUUGUAAGAGUAUAAAACUGAAUAUAUCAGCUAACAAACACGAUACAAAUUGGUAAAGUUAUCAUAAUAAAAAUUAGUUCAAAUAGACCAGCAUCUAGCAGUAAAGCGUCGUCUAGCACAAUUCGUAAGAAAUGCUUAAAGUACAUAUAUUUAUUAGAUGAUAGUGAUUUUUAAGCAAUGUAAUAGACAUUAGGAUAAGGUUCAUUUGGAUGGGUUACUUUAGUUAAAGAGAUUUCAACGGGAAAAUUGUUAGCAAUGAAAGCUGUAUUGAUUUUUUUUGUAAUAGCAUUUAGAUGAAAAAGGCAGAAUUAUUUAAAUAUUGCAGAGUUGACAAUCUAAAGAGAGAAAUCAAAAUUUAACGUAAAUUAAACCAUCCAAACAUAAUUAAAUUAGAUAGUUACUUUGAAGAUAAGGUAUAAAAUGAACUUAUACUCUUAGACCAAUGUAUACUUGGUGCUUGAGUAUGCAGAAGGUGGUUCUUUGUUUAAAUAAAUCAAGAAACAACGUCAUCUAUCUGAAGAUGAGGCUUCUAAUUAUCUUUAUUAAACAUGUCUUGGAAUUGAUUAUCUUCAUAAAUAAAAGAUUAUCCACAGAGACAUCAAGGUUAUUUAUAGUUCUAUUUCUCUAGCCUGAAAAUCUCUUACUUGAUAACAAAGGAAAUAUAAAGAUCUGCGACUUUGGUUGGUCCACUGAAAUGGGAAAUCUCAAAAAAGCUUUUUGUGGUACAAUCGAAUAUAUGGCACCUGAAAUGAUUAAAUCCUAAAGCACCAAUUACAAACUCGAUAUUUGGUGUCUAGGUGUUUUACUUUAUGAAAUGGUACAAGGCAAACCUCCUUUUACUGGAAGGAAUGAUUAAGAGAAAUGUAAUGCUAUUCUCUCUGGAUGUCCACUUAAAUAUGAUGAGUAUGUUUCAGAAGAUUGUAAAUCUCUUAUUGCCAUGAUUCUUCAGUAGAAUCCUUUCAAUAGACCUUCUAUAUAAACAAUUCUAAAUCAUCGAUGGAUGUAAUCCAAAAUGAAAUAACAACCACCUCUCAAUGAAAAUUUAACCUAUCGAAGUGUCUCAUUAUUAAUUGAUGAAUCAAGUCAAUCUCCUUUAUAAUCUUCAUAAACUGUAAUGUCAGAACGUAAAACUACUAAUAAAGAAUGGGAAGACAUGAAAUAUAGAUCCCAACAUUUUGUAUUCCAUCAACCUUAACAAGUGUCUGAAUAACCAUAGCAAAAUCUCUUUAAAAGGAUGCUUAUAUCCCUGGGUUGUAUUAAUCGUUGA